AAAUUUACACUUACAUUGCAGUGUAGCUAAAAUGUUUCUUCCAGCUCAGCCUAUUGUGGAUGCCAUCAACGCCUGUCCCGACCUUCAUUACCUGACCUUAACUGGCAACACGUUAGGUGUUGCCGCAGCCCAGGCCAUAGCCAAGGCUUUGGAGCACCAUCCAGAGUUCAAGGUCGCCAGAUUCUCAGACAUGUUCACAGGGAGAAUGAAGACAGAAAUACCACCUGCGUUGAGUGCGCUGGGUGACGGCAUGAUCUCAGCUGGGGCUCGACUGUCAGUCCUUGACUUGAGCGACAAUGCCUUUGGACCCAUCGGUGUUGAAGGUCUCGUCAAGUUACUACAGAGUGAUGUCUGCGAUCAACUACAAGAGUUACGACUAAACAACAACGGUCUCGGCAUCACUGGAGCACGGCUCCUAGCCAAAGCACUGUCAACGAAUCCCAGGAAACUGAAAGUCUUCAUCGCAGGUCGAAACAGAUUGGAAAAUGAGGGCUCUACGGCUUUAGCCAAAGUGUUUCAGCAAAUGGGCACUUUGGAGGAAGUGGCCAUGCCCCAGAAUGGUAUAUACCAUAUUGGUAUAUCCGCUCUAUCUGAAGCGUUCAAACUCAAUCCAAAUUUGUCGUGCCUUAAUUUGAACGAUAACACAAUAGGCGCUAAAGGAGCUCAGGCCAUAGCUGACGCGUUACCCAGAUUAAAAAAUUUAAAGUCAAUCAACUUUGGCGAUUGUUUGUUGAAGAGUAAAGGUGCCAGAGCGCUAGCGAAGGGUUUCAAAAUGAACUCUACAUUGUUAGAGUCUCUAGAUCUGAGCCACAACGAGAUAGGCCGUGAAGCUGUGAUGGAGCUGAUAGAGGCAAUCACACCAUCUAAGGACAGCACGGAUAGGCUGGCCAGGGUUGUACUUGCUGGUAACAGCUUGGGUGGUGCGGCGAAUAAGAAGACGAUGCGAGACAGACUGGGGUCCUGCGCGGAACUCAGCGACGGGGACGACAGUGAUGACGCGGCGGAUUCUGGAGAAGAUGAUGAAGAAGAUGAAUCAGAUGAGAACUCCGAGGACAGUGCCACUGAAGACGCGCAGCAUUCCACUCUGGACAGCUCGAUAGCGGAUAUUGUUAAAGAUAUAACUCUGGACACUUCCGGUGUAGAAGAAGUGGAGACGGAUGUGGGAAGGUUUCUCCAGGAGCCGACAGUAGCAAACCUGGACAGGCUCGGGUCCAACGCGGCUGAAGUUAUUGAUGCUCAUUUACAGUCCAUCAGGGAGCCGUCAGAGCUGAUCCAGGCGUACGUGGAGGCGACGUUCAGCGUGGCCGGACUGCGUGGCAUACUGGCGCAACAGAUGUUCCCGCGGCUCAUGGCGAGAGCUGGAGAACAGCACGCGGCUGCCUGGCUGCUUGCUAACUGUAUGCUUCGAGCACUUGGACUUAUUAAGUCUGAAAGUAAAGAUUACAAGAUCCGCUGGCUCCUCCCCGGCUGCUUCAUCGCGCUCGCUGACGUCAUCAAUGAGCCAUUCUUCCCCGCGGCGCUGCGGGACACCCUCAAGUUCUUCAUCAGCAGUAAACUGCCGACCCUCCCCCCGGACACGCGGGACGUCGUGGAGAAACACAAGAUGCUGUAUAUGUGAUGUAAUUAAACUGCUUCAAAUCACAAAUACUUGUUUUAAUGGAAACUGGACGGUGGUUCUUUGUUAGAGCGAUGGAUCUAAACUUGUGUGUUGCUCUUUUGAAUAGAUGUUUUUUUAUAUAAAUAACUAGCUGUCCCGGCAAACGUUGUUUUGCCUUAAAAUAAAAAAAAAUUAGGGGUGGACUAUCCCUAACAUUUAGGGGGAUGAAAAAUAGAUCUUGGCCGAUUCUCAGACCUAUUCAAUACACUCACAAAAUUUCAUGAGAAUCGGUCAAGCCGUUUCGGAGGAGUAUGGGAACGAAAACUGUGACACGAGAAUUUUAUAUAUAAG